AUGGCUGCUACCGCUCCCCAGCAACCGCUCACUUUCAACGAUGUCUUUGAGGAGGAUGAUAUCGAUGAGCCCAAGGAGGCUAACUCGGUCCACCACAUCCGCGCCAACUCAAGCAUCAUGCAUGUGAAGAAGAUUCUUGUUGCCAACCGUGGUGAAAUUCCCAUUCGUAUUUUCAGAACUGCUCACGAGCUUUCGCUGCACACUGUUGCAGUCUUCAGUUAUGAGGACCGAUUGAGCAUGCACAGGCAGAAGGCCGAUGAAGCCUACGUCAUUGGCAAGCGUGGACAGUACACCCCUGUCGGCGCAUACCUGGCUGGUGAUGAGAUUGUCAAGAUUGCGGUCGAACACGGCGUGCAAAUGAUCCACCCCGGUUAUGGCUUCCUUUCCGAGAACGCCGAAUUUGCCCGCAAGGUUGAGAAGGCUGGCCUCAUCUUCGUCGGCCCCUCCCCCGAGGUCAUUGACUCGCUCGGUGACAAGGUCUCUGCCCGAAAGCUCGCCAACGCUGCCAACGUCCCUGUUGUUCCAGGUACUCAGGGCGCCGUUGAGAGGUACGAGGAGGUCAAGGAUUUCACUGACAAGUAUGGAUUCCCCAUUAUCAUCAAGGCCGCUUUCGGUGGUGGUGGUCGUGGUAUGCGAGUAGUUCGUGACCAGGAGAGCCUCAAGGAAUCAUUUGAGCGUGCCACCUCCGAGGCAAAGACUGCCUUUGGUAACGGCACUGUAUUUGUCGAGCGCUUCCUUGACAAGCCCAAGCACAUCGAGGUCCAGCUUCUCGGUGACAACCACGGCAACAUCGUUCACUUGUACGAGCGUGACUGCUCCGUCCAACGACGACACCAAAAGGUUGUUGAGAUUGCUCCUGCCAAGGAUCUUCCCGCUGAAGUCCGUGACACCAUUCUUUCCGACGCUGUCAGACUGGCCAAGACAGCUGGCUACCGCAAUGCAGGCACUGCGGAGUUCCUGGUCGACCAGCAGAACCGCCACUACUUUAUCGAGAUCAACCCUCGUAUUCAGGUCGAGCACACCAUCACUGAGGAAAUCACUGGAAUUGAUAUCGUUGCCGCCCAGAUUCAGAUUGCUGCCGGUGCCACCUUGAACCAGCUUGGUCUUACCCAGGAUCGAAUCUCCACUCGUGGCUUUGCCAUCCAGUGCCGUAUCACAACUGAGGAUCCUGCCAAGGGUUUCCAACCCGAUACUGGAAAAAUCGAGGUCUACCGCUCUUCUGGUGGUAAUGGUGUCCGUCUGGAUACUGGUAACGGUUUUGCCGGUGCCGUCAUUACUCCCCAUUACGACUCUAUGCUUACCAAGUGUACUUGUCACGGUUCUACCUACGAGAUUGCUCGCAGAAAGGUUCUCCGAUCUCUGAUCGAGUUCCGUAUUCGAGGUGUUCGUACCAACAUCCCUUUCCUGGCUUCUCUUCUUACCCACCCUACCUUUAUUGAUGGAAAUUGCUGGACUACUUUCAUCGACGAUACCCCUCAGCUUUUCGACCUUGUUGGCAGCCAGAACCGUGCCCAGAAGUUGCUUGCCUACCUCGGUGACGUUGCCGUCAACGGCAGCAGCAUCAAGGGCCAGAUCGGUGAGCCCAAGUUCAAGGGCGAGAUUCAGGUCCCCGAGUUCAUCAACUCUGCCGGAGAGAAGAUUGAUACCUCCCAGCCUUGCACCAAGGGAUGGCGAAACAUAAUUCUCGAGCAAGGACCCAAGGCCUUUGCCAAGGCUAUCCGCGAGUACAAAGGUACUCUUCUUAUGGACACAACUUGGCGAGAUGCUCACCAGUCGCUGCUGGCUACUCGUGUUCGUACAGUCGACUUGCUUGGUAUCGCCAAGGAGACCAGUCAUGCUCUUUCUAACCUCUACUCCCUCGAGUGCUGGGGAGGUGCCACAUUCGAUGUCGCUAUGCGAUUCCUCUAUGAGGAUCCUUGGGACAGACUUCGCAAGAUGCGAAAGCUUGUUCCUAACAUUCCUUUCCAGAUGCUGCUCCGUGGUGCCAACGGUGUUGCUUACUCUUCACUGCCCGACAACGCCAUUGAUCACUUCGUUGACCAGGCCAAGAAGAACGGUGUCGAUAUCUUCCGUGUCUUUGAUGCUCUGAACGAUAUUGAUCAACUUGAAGUCGGUAUCAAGGCAGUUCAGAAAUGCCACGGAGUGGUAGAGGGAACCAUCUCUUACUCUGGAGAUAUGCUUCGCCCUGGCAAGAAGUACAACCUCGAGUACUACCUUUCUCUCGUCGACAAGCUUGUCGCUCUUGACAUUGAUAUUCUGGGUAUCAAGGACAUGGCUGGUGUACUGAAGCCACAUGCCGCUACACUGCUGAUCGGAUCCAUCCGAGAAAAGUACCCCGAUCUUCCCAUCCACGUCCAUACCCAUGACUCGGCCGGUACCGGUGUUGCCUCUAUGGUCGCCUGCGCAAAGGCCGGUGCUGAUGCUGUAGAUGCCGCCACUGACAGUCUGUCAGGAAUGACUUCUCAGCCCAGUAUUAAUGCUAUUAUUGCUUCCCUUGAGGGAAGCGAGUGUGACCCUGGACUGGAUCCCAAGCUUGUCCGAACACUUGACAUGUACUGGCAGCAACUCCGUCUGCUCUACUCUCCUUUCGAGGCUCACCUUGCUGGCCCUGAUCCUGAGGUGUACGAGCACGAGAUUCCUGGUGGUCAGUUGACCAACAUGAUGUUCCAAGCUUCUCAGUUGGGUCUUGGAUCCCAGUGGCUUGAGACCAAGAAGGCCUACGAGCAUGCCAACGAGCUUCUCGGUGAUAUCGUCAAGGUCACCCCAACCUCCAAGGUUGUUGGUGAUCUUGCCCAAUUCAUGGUUUCCAACGGCCUUUCCCCUGAAGACGUCAAGGCGAAGGCCUCUCAACUCGAUUUCCCCAGUUCCGUUCUUGAGUUCCUCGAGGGUUUGAUGGGUCAACCCUACGGUGGAUUCCCCGAGCCUCUUCGAUCCGAUGCCCUUCGUGGCCGACGCAAGCUCGACAAGCGACCUGGUCUGUUCCUCGAGCCCGUUGACUUCGUGAAGGCCAAGCGUGAACUUGGUAAGAAGUAUGGUGCACCAGUUACUGAGUGCGACGUCGCUUCGUACGUGAUGUACCCCAAGGUCUUUGAGGACUACAAGAAGUUUGUUCAGCAAUACGGUGAUCUUUCCGUGCUGCCUACUCGAUACUUCCUGUCUCGCCCUGAGAUUGGCGAGGAGUUCAACGUCGAGCUCGAGAAGGGCAAGGUCCUGAUUCUCAAGCUUCUUGCUGUUGGUCCUCUGUCUGAGAACACUGGACAGCGUGAGGUAUUCUUUGAAAUGAACGGAGAGGUCCGACAGGUCACUGUUGUUGACAAGAAGGCUGCUGUUGAGAACAUCAGCCGACCUAAGGCCGAUGCUAAUGACUCGAGCCAGGUCGGCGCGCCUAUGUCUGGUGUCCUGGUAGAGCUCCGUGUUCACGAGGGCUCCGAGGUUAAGAAGGGCGACCCCAUCGCCAUUCUGUCUGCCAUGAAGAUGGAAAUGAGUGUAAGUGCUUCUCACUCAGGCAAGGUCACAUCACUCCAUGUGCGUGAGGGUGAUUCAGUCGAUGGUUCCGAUCUCAUCUGCCGAAUUGAGAAGGCGUAA